UUCAUGGCUCCAAGCUAUUGAUACACCUGUUUUUUACACUUUACAUAUCUAAAGUAAAAGAAAAAUAUGCUCAUAUUUUGAGAAUAGAUAAAAAAUAAAUAGAAUGCAGCAGUAGAAAGUAGAGCUGAAAAAAAUAAAUUAAUUUAAAUAUUCUGCAAGUUACACAGAAUGAACAAAACCUUCACAGCCGAUGAAUUGACCGGUUUAACUGUUAAAAAUCAUCGACAGUAUAACGAAGUUUACUUUUGAUCUACCAGCAAAAUUAAAUGAUUAUUUUGUAUAGAUAGCACGAAUUAUCAUCAGCUGUCAUUGCGUUUUCACAUCGUUGAUACACAAUUAGUCAGAAUGUCUUUCCCAAAUAAAGAAGAUCGUUUGAAUUGUUGGAGUCGCAGGGACGAAUAUUGGCAAUGUUUGGAUGAAAGUAAAUCUCAAGUAGAAUGUAUAGAAUUGAGGAAACAAUAUGAAAAAUUUUGCCCGUCUCAAUGGGUGAAACACUUUGAUCGUAAGAGAGAUUACUUGAAGUUCAAAGAGCAAAUAGAGAAGGGGGAGAUACGUUGCCUCAACGGUGAAAUGCAAAGUUCCGAAAGAUCUGAUUUGCCGGAGCAAUUUGAUAAGAAGAGCCAAGCAGUUCUCGGUUUACAAGCAACGAAUAAAGAUUUACACUAAACUAAAAAUAUUUUAAUAUAGUCUAGAGAGAGAG